GUGCGGUGCGGCCGUGCGGGUGUCCGUCUCCUCCAUUGCGAAGCCGCGAGCUCCUGCGUCAACCAGAUCACACGAACCAAACCAGCGCCUCCUCCCCCGAGUCUCACCGCCAGCGCCCAUGGCGACACGCUACUGGAUCGUGUCUCUGCCCGUGCAGUCACCUGGCGCCAUCGCAAGCUCCCUGUGGUCUCGCCUCCAGGACUCCAUCUCCCGCCACUCCUUCGACACUCCGCUCUACCGCUUCAACGUCCCGGAUCUCCGCGUCGGCACCCUCGACUCGCUUCUCGCCCUCAGCGACGACCUCGUCAAGUCCAAUGUUUUCGUGGAGGGCGUGUCACACAAGAUCCGGAGGCAGAUCGAGGACCUCGAGCGCGCCGGAGGGGUCGAGAGUGGGACCCUCACCGUCGAUGGCGUUCCUGUCGACACCUACCUCACCAGGUUCGUGUGGGAUGAGGGCAAAUACCCCACAAUGUCUCCGCUCAAGGAGAUUGUUGGCAGCAUCCAGUCACAGGUUGCCAAGAUUGAGGAUGAUAUGAAGGUGCGAGCAGCGGAAUAUAAUAAUGUAAGGAGCCAGCUUAGUGCAAUCAACAGAAAGCAAAGUGGGAGCUUAGCGGUUCGUGAUCUUUCCAAUCUGGUAAAACCGGAGGAUAUGAUCACCUCGGAACAUCUUGUGACACUUCUUGCAAUCGUUCCCAAGUACUCCCAAAAAGACUGGCUGUCAAGCUAUGAGACACUUGAUACAUUUGUGGUACCUAGGUCAUCUAAAAAGCUCUAUGAAGACAACGAAUAUGCUCUCUACACUGUGACACUAUUUGCUAAGGUUGUUGACAACUUUAAGGUCCGUGCUCGCGAGAAGGGUUUUCAGAUCCGUGAUUUCGAGUACAGUCCUGAAGCACAGGAAAGCCGGAUGCAGGAGAUGGAGAAGCUACUGCGAGACCAAGAAGCUAUGAGGACCACUCUUCUUCAGUGGUGUUAUGCCAGCUACAGCGAGGUAUUCAGUUCCUGGAUGCACUUUUGUGCUGUGCGUGUCUUUGUGGAGAGCAUUCUUAGAUAUGGUCUGCCGCCAUCAUUCCUGUCUGCUGUUCUUGCACCAUCUACAAAGAGCGAGAAGAAAGUAAGGAGCAUCUUAGACGAGCUCUCUGGCGAUGCCCAUAGCCUGUAUUGGAAAUCCGAAGACGAUGUAGGCGUUGCUGGUCUGGGAGGCGAAACCGAGGCGCACCCUUACGUCUCCUUCACCAUAAAUUUUGUCUGAGACAAAGUAUGGUUCCUAGACCGUCUGUGGCCUAGGCAAUAUAAUACUUGGAAGCAGCUAUUGGAACGCAAGCGCGGAACGAGCAUGUAUAUUACUCUGUUGAUUUAUCGGUUCAUGUGGUCCUGUAGUUCAUAUCACAGAGAGAUCAGCCGACGGAUGCUGUAAUUUCUGAGGAACCUAUGGAAUUCCUGUAGUUCAUGUGGUCCUGUAAUUUCUGAGGACUACCUACCUAUUUCCCUGCAGCACUGCACCUUGUAAAAAGACUUAACCCGUGUCUGUAGCAGCUGGCUACUGGAUUUAUUACAUCUACAAUAAAAGUCAUUUUUAAUGGUUG